AUGGAGCAAAAUACAAAAUCAACAUUGAUAUUGUUCCAAUUUUCCAUCCUUUUGCUUGCAUCGACUGCUGCCACUAGCGAGGCCAUCUCUCUGAACCCUAAGUAUCAUGUCCACAUUGUGAAUGGUUUCAAGUCUGACAUCCUCCACAGUCACUGCAAAUCAUUGGACGACGAUCUUGGCAUCCGCCAAACCAAUCCAGGUCAAGAGUAUCAAUGGGAAUUUAGCAUAAAUUUCUGGGGCACUACCCUCUACUAUUGUUCCUUUUGGUGGAAUCGGGGACGCCAUCUAAACGAAGUGUUUACGACUAAGCCAGAGUUUAUUCAUUACUACUGUGGUGAUUAUAAUUGUAUUUGGAAAGCUCAGGAGGAAGGGAUUUACGCGUUCAACUCCGAGAGUCGCACAUUUGAGUUCAUGUAUAAGUGGUAA